CCGGUGGGCGCGGCCGCGGUGGGUGGCGUUGGGCUCUGGACCCUCGGCUCGUGAGUUAGGAAUUUCGGACUCGGUGGUGGCUGUGGCGAUGUUUUUCGCCGGGGCCAGGCCGCGGACUUGGGAAGCCAGCCCGUCGGAACAGAGGAAGUGGGGGGAAGUAUUUAAAGCAUGUGAUGAAGAUAACAAAGGCUAUCUCAGCAGAGAGGACUUUAAAGUUGCUGUUGUAAUGCUGUUUGGGUACAAGCCCUCCAAGAUAGAAGCGGAUUCUGUGAUGUCUUCAGUAAAUCCAAAUUCUUCUGGUGUAUCGCUUGAGCAGUUUUUAGAUAUUGUAAGGAAAAAGAAGGAAGCUCAACUGUAUCGGAAUGAAAUAAGACAUAUCUUCACAGCUUUUGACAUACGCUAUCGUGGAUUUUUAACUUUGGAAGAUUUCAAAAAAGCAUUUAGGCAGGUGGCUCCCAAAUUACCAGAAAGGACUGUUCUCGAGGUAUUCAGGGAAGUAGAUCAAGACUCAGACGGUCAUGUGAGCUUUAGAGACUUCGAAUAUGCCAUGAAGUAUGGACAGAAUGAAGCUUAACUCUUGUGAACCACUUUUGGCAAUUCUGGGGAGAUCAAUAGAUUAUAAUGUAUUUAAAGGUCAAACAGACUCCACUCCACUACUGAUGUAAUGCUACAGAC